ACCUUCGAGUUGACCAUGUAUGAAUUAUUUUAUAAUUUUAUGCUCGCAAAUACAGUCGAAUUUUUCUUGCGAUCCUUUUUACUAAAAUAAUUUCAAUUUUAUACAAUGCUGUGUCGAAGGAUUACCAUACUCAUCGUGUUACUACUGUGUUUAGUUGGCUGUGUAAUCAAUAAAUCUAAAAAAAAAGCACGUCUUGAAAAAUAGGCGUUUCUGAACAAAAAUGAUCUACGAAAAAUUGCAGUAAAAUUAGUUUUGGGCCAAGGAAAUGCGUUCCCGGCUUUUAAACGAGAACAUGAAUUAUUAAUGGAACUUAAGAAGAAAGUGGAAGAAGAGAAAAAAGAAGUGGCAGAAAUGAAGAAAGAAAUGGCAGAAGAGAAGAAAGAACUUAAAAAUCAAAAACAGGAGAUUUCAGAAGAACGACAGCUUUUGGAAGAGUGGAUGGCUUAUGGAGAUUGGAGACAUGCCGCCCCACCCCGUGUGGUAAAAUAGGUAUUACUUGGUAAUUACCUAGUUUACUGACUAGACGAAUUUUUGAAAUUUUUCGGUCUCGCUUUGCUUGGGCCUCCGUGUGUUUUUUUUAUAUUUUUUUUUUUUCACAAUUAAGAUCGAACUUUUAUAAAAAUCAGGUGUUUAAAUUUAAAGAAAUGUUCAAACUAAAAAAUCACACUUUUCACCUAGAAAAAACAUUGUUUUAGCUUUUGCUCUUCGAGUCUGUUUGCUUUUCAUUUUCAAAAUUGAAAUAUUCAAAAACCCGUCAUUCAAAUUCUGAAAUUUUGAGCUAAAAAAGUGAACAAAUCUUUUAAAAACAUUGUUUUUUUACCCUAUUGAAAUACGAAUUCUUAAAAGCUUUAGCCCUCGCUUUGCUUGGGUCAAUUUCUUUUUCUUUUCUAAGCCAGAAAAAAUUCAUAUUGGAAACUUUCAUAAAUUCAAAAAAUAAAAUAACAUUUUUUAUAUGCUUUAAUAAUACAAAUUAAAUACUUAAAUUGGAAAAAUUAUCAUUUCAUAUUUUAUUUCAUCUUAAAAACUCGUCAUUUUAUGAGGCAAAAUUGGUAUUUUUUUAUCGUGCCACAUUUCAUGUCUCCCGCCCCCCUCAAAAAAAUAAAUCUAUUUUUGUAUAAUGUCAUAUGCAGGUUGGCUACUUUUUGUGAAAUUGAAUAAAAAGACAAUAGCAAAAAUCAAUUGCACACUUUACAUUCAGAUAAUAUUUGUAUCUGAACUUGAGAAAAAAACAGGACGACUGGGCCAGAAAAAAUCUCAAUGGAGAAGGGGUGAAAUUUUGAAGACAACAAUGGAGUUUGCAAAAUUGUAACUUUUCCAAAAUCAAAAUGGUGGUUUUUCCGUAUAUUGGUGAUAACAUAUCUAGUCUAUAAAAUGUAUAGUUGAAGUAUUUGUAGGUAUCGUACAAUGUUUCUUAUUUUUACCUCAUUUGACCUGAAUAUUCGUUGGUGAAAAAUUCAAAACGACCACCACCACUGAUUUGGCCUCACUGCAAGAGAUGCGUAGACAAACAAAACGACUCGAAUUUCAAAACAAUGAAAAAAGUAUCCAAUUGACUCAUACCGUUCGACGGCCGUCACCUUGGAGGUGUCAAAUUUCUCGAAAUUUUCAAACAAUACCUAAAAAAUUAGUCAUUGGCGGACUUAUCUCAUUUCGCUAUCGCCUAUGCUCGUCCGUGUAACGUAAAAAAGCUAUCCACCUGUAUUUUUGUACCGAAAGCUGGUCAUCGAAACGUCACCACGUCGAACACCUUACCACAAAACGUAAUAAACUAUCAAAACAAAAAAUAUGUACAUACGAUUUGGUCUGCCAAGUCGUACGUAGGUAUAGGUUAAUUACUUAAGAGUUGAUUUAUCGCAUGCACCGUAUUAUUUAAAAUUGAAAAAUCAUGGGUAGUUUAUGCGCUCGGUUGUUACUUUGUCGUCCGCGUUUCUUGAAUUACGAGUGUCUGCCCGAAGAUGAAGAUCUACUGGUUCAAAUCAAGCAAGGCACGUUACGUGGUCGAUCAUUCAGAUCGAAACUGACCAGUCUGCCUUAUUACGGUUUCUUGGGCAUUCCUUACGGGACACCACCUGUUGGUGAAUUACGGUUUCAGCCUGCUCAACCUGCGUCAUCUUGGUAUGGUACUUAUAACGCAUGCUAUGAAAGAAACGCUUGUCAACAAGUAAUCGGUAUAAUAUGGUUCAAAAAGUUUAUCUGGGGAUCCGAGGAUUGUUUGUAUUUGAACGUCUACACUCCUCAAAACCCUUCCAAGAUCACGACUCCGAAAGCAGUCAUGGUGUUUAUUCAUGGUGGGGGAUUUUGCCUCGGAUCCGGAUCCAGGAAAUUAUACGCUCCUGAUUUCCUAAUCAAUCGUGACGUCAUCGUUGUAACAAUUAAUUACAGGUUGCAUAUCUUAGGUUUUCUAAAUCUUGGAUUGCCAGAGUGUCCUGGUAAUGUUGGAAUGAAAGAUCAAACAUUGGCUCUCCAAUGGGUCAAAGAUAAUAUAGCCCAAUUUGGCGGAGAUCCGAAUAAUGUGACUAUUUUUGGCGAAAGUGCCGGAGGAUCUUCAGUACAUUACCAUUUGCUGUCUCCAUUAUCCAAAGGAUUAUUCCACAAAGCAAUAAUGGAAAGUGGAUCUGCUUUGAGUCCUUGGGGCCAUACCUAUAAUCCUCUCGAACAAGCUUUCGAUAUUGGUAAACGAUGCGGAUAUUACGGAAAUGAUGCGAGAGAAUUAUUGGCUCAUUUGAAAAAUGUAUCUUCCUAUGCUUUGACUCAAGCAAGUAUGGAUAUGAUCCUGGAUCAGAGACAACAAUACAUAGCAAGAUUUAAUAAUAUAGCCCCCUCCGUUGAAGCAAUCAAAGAUGGCGCGUUUUUACCUGAUUAUCCCUGUGAAUUGGCCAAAAUUGCCACUCCGGUACCUGCGAUUUUUGGUGUCAACGAUAAAGAAGGAAUGUUGUUAUUUAUGAAUGUCAUGUCGAGAAGUCUUAUAUCGAGAGCUAACGACGAUUUUUCGAUAAUUUUGAAACAUAAUUUCAAAAUCAACGAACGGUUCAUUCCUGACUUGAGCAAGCAAAUCAGACGAUUCUAUUUUGGGGAUGAAGCAAUUACGAUGGAAAAUGCUGCGGAUAUGAUUGAUUUAUACACGGAUUUAACCGGAUUUUAUGGCUACGAAGCGAUUGAUUUUCUCGCCAACUCCGAUACACCUCCUUACGUAUACGAAUUCGCAUAUAAUGGAAAUUUGAACUUCCUCACCAGAAUUAUUAAUUUCGUUAAGAGACUGAAAAUCAGCGGCGCAUCUCACGGAGACGAAAUAUUCUAUCUGUUUUAUCCCGAAAUGUAUCUAUUAUACCCGAAACUUCAAGGAGGAAGCUUAACCAUGAUCGACGAUAUGACUUUGAUGUGGUCCAACUUUGCUAAAACUGGUAAUCCUUCCGGACGAUUCGCGUGGACUCCUUCGACCGCGCAGAAUCCACGUUAUUUGCAAAUCAAAGAUAAUAUCAAAAUGGUAGAGGGAAAAUUCUACGGAAGGAGAUUGGAAUUCUUGAAAAAUUUACUGAAACCUGUGAUGGAUCCGGAUGCCAAACCUUGGGAUAUUUUCGAUUUAUUGUAUUUACUUGGUUUACACGAUGUGCAUUUUUAAGAUCGACAGGGAAAAAAUACCU